CCCCACUCCCCACUUCUUUAUCGUGAGAUAUACCGUAACCUAUAAAGGACUGGAAUGCUGAAUCAUAUGUUCUAUGCAAUAUUCAACUUUAUUAGGUAGAACACUGAUAGAAGGGAAAGAAUGCUUUGCUCACAUGGUUUUCAGUCAUAUGAGCCCAUGGACAAAACCAGCAGCUGUUGGAUUCCCCAGCCCACAUGUGACAGAGUUCCCAAGAAAACGAAAAGGAAGUGAUUCAGACCCAUCCCAGUCAGGAUUCGUGACAGAAAAAGUGGCAGAAAAACUUUCUCAGAAUCCUUUUACCUAUCUUCUUUCAACAAAGAUAGAAAUAUCAGCAACCAGUGGCAGCAGAAAGGAAGAUGGUGAACAACACGUACAAAUGAAGUCCGUCAGAGAAGCUCAUAGUGAAACUGAAAAGCGGAGGAGAGAUAAAAUGAAUAACCUGAUUGAAGAGCUGUCUGCAAUGAUCCCCCAGUGCAAUCCCAUGGCACGUAGACUGGACAAACUUACGGUUUUAAGAAUGGCUGUCCAACACUUGAGAUCUUUGAAAGGUAUCACAAAUCCUUAUGCAAGAGUUAAUUAUAGACCUUCAUUUAUUCAGGAUAAUGAGCUCAGACACUUAAUCCUUAAGACUGCAGAAGGCUUCCUAUUUGUGGUUGGAUGUGAAAGAGGAAAAAUUCUCUUCGUUUCUAAAUCAGUCUCCCAAAUUCUUGAUUAUGAUCAGGCUAGCCUGACUGGACAAAGCUUAUUUGACCUCUUACAUCCAAAAGAUGUUGCCAGAGUAAAAGAGCAACUUUCUUCUUCUGAUAUUUCACCAAGGGAGAAGAUGAUCGAUGCCAAAACUGGUUUGCAAGUUCACUGUAAUUUCCACAGUGGAAGGACUCACGUGUAUUCUGGCUCAAGACGGUCCUUUUUUUGUCGGAUAAAGACCUGUAAAAUCUCUGUCAAAGAAGAGCAUGAAUGCUUAUCUGCCUCAAAGAAAAAAGAUCAUAGAAAAUUUUGUACUAUCCACUGCACUGGUUACUUGAGAAGCUGGCCUCCAAAUAUUGUUGGGAUGGAAGAAGAAAAGGACAGUAAGAAAGACAGUCGUAAUUUUACCUGCCUUGUUGCCAUUGGAAGAUUACAUCCAUAUAUUGUCCCACAGAACAGUGGAGAGAUUAAAGUGAAACCAGCUGAAUUUAUAACCCGGUUUGCAAUGAAUGGGAAAUUUGUCUAUGUAGACCAAAGGGCAACAGCAAUUUUAGGAUACCUGCCUCAGGAACUUUUGGGAACUUCUUGUUACGAAUAUUUUCAUCACGAUGACCAUAGUAAUUUGACCGACAAGCACAAAGCAGUUCUACAGAGUAAGGAGAGAAUCUUUACAGAUUCAUACAAGUUCAGAAAGAAAGAUGGCUCUUUUGUAACUUUAAAAAGCCAGUGGUUUAGUUUCACAAAUCCUUGGACCAAAGAACUGGAAUAUAUUGUGUCUGUCAACAAUUUAGUUUUGGGCCAUAGUGAGAUUAGAGAAGCAUCAUUACGUCCUUGCAGCUCUCAAUCAUCAGAAGAAUCCUCUAAACCAUCUUAUAUUAGUGUACCUGGAAUGUCAACUGGAAUAGUACGUGGCGCUGGUAGUAUUGGAACAGAUAUUGUAAAUGAAGUCCUGGACUCACAAAGGUUACAGUCUCCUACCUCCCUUGAGGACUCAAGGCCAGCAGAUUUCAUGAAAGAUUCUCACGCUAUAAACUCCAGGAAAAUGUCAAAUAAGGAGUUGAUUCCACGAAAUGCUUCUGAAAUAAGGGACCCAGAGGCUACACGGCAAAACCAGAGUGCCGUUCCUCCCCACAGUCACGAGCCACUUCUCGGCGAAGGUGCCCAGCUGGAUUUUGAUGCCCUGUGUGACAAUGACGACACAGCCAUGGCUGCCUUCAUGAAUUACUUUGAAGCAGAGGGGGGCCUAGGAGACCCUGGGGACUUCAGUGAUAUCCACUGGACACUCUAGCAUUUGAUUUUUUAACUCGAAAAAUGAGCAAUGUGAUAAAGCAUUUCAUUUACAAAAAAAACCCCACAACUGUAUAAUCUUCUCCUCUGUGUUGAUACUGUUCUUAUCUUUUCUUCCUAUUUUAUAGGUUUGCCCCUUUCUACCAAUUUUUAUAGAUUUGCCCCUUUCACAGCAGUAUGGGGAAACGUGAGGUUUCCCUUCACAAAGAAUGACUCCGUGUUUCCCACAGAUCCCUAGGCUCGGUGAAACGGCCUAAAACCCACUCGUUGCUGUAUUUUCGCUAAAAUAUUUCUAACCAAGAAUAUCACAUACAUCUUGUUUUGAUUUUGUUUUUAUUUUCUCAUGCAAUUUUUAAGUUUGGGGAAUUUAAUAUGUUUUGUCUAAGAUUCAUUUAUAAUUGAUUUAUAAUAGCGGAUUUAUGGAAAUUGGAACAUCUCCAUUUCUUGUCUAUUUCCUUAGUUGAGAAUAGGGCUUAAACAUUUUAAGAAAACUGAUCACUUGAACAUUUAAGAGAUGAUAUAAUUGGUAGUCAUACUUGUAAUGAAUAUGGUAUUCGGUCAUUGUAGACUUGGGUACAGGAUAGUUAUGCUUACUUAGUUAAGCGCUUGAGGUAGACAUUAAUGAGAUGAUUUAUUUAAAACUCAGGGGGAAAAAAAAAGCUGGGAGGGUUUCAACUUUGCCAACAGAAGACCUUAAACCUAGAUCUUGGUAAUUAACCUUUGCAUGUAAGAAUCACUGUUAAUAUAACCAGUUAAGAUUUUCAUUACAUAUAAAACCAGUUUUUGAUGCACAAAAGGUGCUUAGUGAACGAUUAGCCAUGGAGGGAAAAACAAGCCCAAGCAGGAUAAAUGUCUUGUGUCAAGUUGCAAUUAAAUGCAUAUUUUUGAAAUGUGUAAUGUGUAUAAACCAGUUUCUUUACACACAUUUGGGAAAGCAUUGGUGUCGUUGGUUAUGUGAUCAGUUAACUGACCCAGGAACUAGUUGUGGCCAUCCAGAUUAGGCUAUUACAGUUACUGCUGCCUGGAGCCAAAGGUAGUUAUAUAAAUGCUCAGUAUAAUUUUGAAACUAUGAGGCAAUGAGAAAGAAUUUAAAAUCCAAUUUUCUAGCUGUGAUCACAAAUUUGGAGAUUUUUUGCCCUAGUAACUGAGAGGUGGCUUAAACUAAGUCCAAGAAGAGUAUUUAAGAUAAUAUUAUGUAUAUCUACCUUUUUGAAGAUCAUACGUUCGUCAAACCUUAUGUUUUGAUUGCUCUUUCUAGUGUACCAAGUGUGUUUCCAUAUAUUUUCUUUGGUGCCCCACAAAUUAAAGUUAGGUAGGCCAGGAAGCUAAUGGAGAAGCCUGGGGCUGAUGUAGGGGAGCCAAUGCCGUUCUCUUCCUCUAGGUGGUGCUAUACCUUCCAGCAGAUCUCCCUCAGAGCCUCGCCCCAAAACAAAGCAUUAUUUUGACCUUGCAUAUUUUUUAGGCUGUAUGUAAUAGAUUAGAACCUUUGUCAGUCAUGUUAAUGGCAAAAACACCAACAGGCAAAAGGCCAAAGCACAUGUUCCCUCCAAGCGGGACAGCUGCAGCUGCUACGUGGGCAAGGGUGUAUCUCCGUGUCCUGCAGUGGAUAGAGUGUUCCAGCAAUACUGGAAGGUCAGCCCCACUCCUGGUUCUGGAACUUGAGAGACACUCAGGUGUAGAAUAAGCCAAAGAAACCCUACGAGAUGAGGUAGAGCGGUUUGCAGCAGCCGAAGCAUGAUGGUUACAUCUGAAGAAGCAGGAAUGAGCUGCUGUUCUCUAAGUCAGAAGUCUUACCAACGUAACAUUUUAGGGGGCUAACCCAUUGCCAGUUGGGCCUCGCCUCCAGAGCUGAACUCAGCCACUGACAGCAAGAUGGGUCACUGUGGCUGGAUGGCCUUGAAGGUGGAGAGGCUUUAUGAUGCACAGAUCUGGGAGGCAGAGUUUCUAGAGGCAGGCCAUUGCUGCCUGGCACAGUAGCAGUCUUUUCUCUUUGAAGAGGAAGGGUUAUUCCAUAGAACAGUGGGCAGAUAGCCAAUUGAAUGCCUGACUCCUUUAAUAACCAACUCUAGUGUCUUUCUGUAAGUCUUGUUCUGGAUCCAGAAUCCAGUCCACACAGCAUAUGAUAACUGUAGCUCUCCCCAAAUUAGGAUUUUCUCCAAAGUGUGUUGCAUUUAUGUUGAAUUGUUGUUACGAGUGAUAUUUUUAUGGUUUGCCCUAUAACUACUUUUUUCUUCCAUGCAAUAAUUUCUUGCAUUUCCUGUAAUUUCGAACGUCUGUAUGUUGAAUGAAAUCAUACAAAGAAUACUCUGAUUUUUUUUUUUUAAGAAUUACCUACAAUAAUGGAGGGGAGUGGGACAAGAGCCUAGAACUGAAGAGCCUUCUCACAGCUUAAAUUAGGCUGUGUGACCCCACAUAAGCCAUUUAAAUACUCUGUACCUUAGACUCCUCAUCUGUAGCAAGAGGCUUGAUCUCUAAGUUUACUUCCAGUUCUGAUUCUGUGAUUCUAAUCCAGAGGACUUGAGCAUUAGGGUCAGAUUCUAGAACCAUGCAAUCCAGUAUGAUAGAUACAGGCCAUGUUGUGGCUAUUGAACACUUGAAAUGUAGCUACUGCAAAUUGAGAUAGGCUGUAAAUGUCAAAAUGCAUACCAGACUUCAUGCACUUAGUAUAGAAAAGGGAAUACAAAAUAUCACAUUAACACUUUUAUAAUGGGGUGCCUGGCUGGCUGAGUCAGUGGAGCAUGUGACUCUUGAUCUUGGGGUUGAGUUCAAGCCCCA